AUUUUCAAUCUCACAGUUAAUUAUUAUUUCUUUUUUUGUGUCAACAAGGAUCGUUUUUUGAUUUUCGGUGUCAAAAUGUCGAUUCAACAGAGACCAGUUUCUCAACUAAUUCGAGGCUCUGAUUUUCCCGAGGAUGUGCCUAAAAAACGUUCACGAGAAGAUUUUAAAAAGGAAAAGGAAUUGGAGGAAUUAAGGAAAGCGGGUACAGUUCCAGCUCUUGUCGAUGAAGAUGGUAAAGACAUUAACCCUCACAUCCCACAGUAUAUUUCAAUCACCCCUUGGUACUAUGGCUCUUCUGGACCAACAUUAAAACAUCAGCGACCACAAGAUGAAAAUAAAUCCAAGAUUGCUCGUGUUGAUGAAUGGUACCAACGAGGAACAACAAACAAAAUUACAACCAAUUAUAGACCUGGAGCUUGUGAGAACUGUGGAGCCAUGGGACAUAAUCGAAAAUCUUGUUUCAAGAAGCCAAGGAAGAUUCCAGCCAAAGUAUCGGGGAUUGUUACAGCUCCAGAUGACGUCGAGGUAGCUAAACUUAAUUUAGAUUAUGAUGGCAAAAGAGAUCGGUGGAAUGGGUAUCGUCCUCAGAUGUACAAAGCCGUUGUUGAUGAAUAUGAAAAACUUGAAGAGGCUAAAAAAACUCUUAAAGAAAAAGGGGAUUCGGAUUCUGAUUCCGAUGAAGAAGAUAAAUACGCCGAUCAUAUUGAUAUGCCUGGUACAAAAGUCGAUUCCAAACAAAGAAUUACUGUGCGAAAUCUUAGAAUCAGAGAGGACACAGCCAAAUACCUUCGAAAUUUAGAUCCUGAUUCGGCUUAUUAUGAUCCGAAAACUCGUUCCAUGAGAGACAAUCCUUAUAAAAAUACAUCGAAGAAUUCAACUGAUCUUCCUUACGCUGGUGAAAACUAUGUUCGACAUUCAGCUGAUGCCGUUAAAGUUGGACAAGCUCAAUUAUUCGCUUGGCAGGCUCGAGAUAAAGGUGUCGAUAUUCACCUUCAGGCCGAACCAACAGCAAUGGAAAUAAUUCGCAGAGAGCACCAAAUCCAAAAGACUAAACAUAAAACUUCAAUAAAACAAAGAAUCUUAGAGAAAUAUGGUGGAGAGGAAUAUCUACAAUCACCACCGGCCGAAUUGGUUUAUGGACAAUCAGAGAGAUACGUUGAAUAUUCUCGAGACGGAAAACCAAAAAUCGAACCACCGAAGACCAUAAUUAGUUCUAGAUACGAGGAAGAUGUUCAUCCAAAUAAUCACAAAUCCGUUUGGGGCUCUUUUUAUAACGUCAAGACUCAAAAAUGGGGCUACAAAUGUUGUCAUGUAACAAUGAAAAACGCUUAUUGCGUUGGAUCUGCUGGAAUCUCUUAUUAAUUCAACUUAACUGGUUAAUUGUUCACAUCAUUCACAUAUCAGGUUAUCCAAAAUAAAAUUUGAUAGAGAUCGAGGGUAACACCUUAAGGGCCUUAAUGAUGGCGAUGAUUACAGAUGACCAGUAGUAGUAAUUGAAGAAAUGAAAUGUCGUUACAUUAAUCAUUACAUCUUAAUGAAAACGAUUUCAUCUCAAUUCUUUAAAUUAAAUACCAACCAACUGACCAAAUGGAAUAAAACAAAAAUAAAUAAA